AUGAAGUUCGGGAAGAGCAUCUGUGUGCUCAACGUAGGGGGAACCCGGUACGCCUUCACCCGUGAGGUGAUCAGGGAUUUCCCUCUCCGGCGCGUCAGCCGUUUGCAUGCCUGCGCAACCGAGAAAGAGGUUCUUGAACUAUGUGAUGACUACGACCGGGACCGGAAUGAGUUUUUCUUCGACCGUCACGCACAGGCUUUUAUGUUCAUUAUGCUGUAUGUGCGCUCCGGCAAACUCCGCUUUGUCCCCGGAGUGUGUGAGCUGUCCUUCUACACAGAGAUGCUCUACUGGGGGCUGGAGAGCGCGCACUUGGACUCUUGUUGCCAGAAACGACUGGACGAUAGGAUGUCCGAAAUCGGAAUGGACAGUCUAUCCGAGGAAGACAUCGGAUUAUCUGGGGAUGAGUCCCAAAACCCGAGCGAACCGGUGCAACGGACUGCACUCACUGGUCGCGCUAGAUGGCUAGAGAUGAUACGCAAAACAUUUGAGGAGCCAGACUCUUCGCUUGCAGCGCAGCUUUUGGCUUCAGUGUCCAUAAUCUUUGUGAUCGUGUCUAUGAUCAUGCUUUGUGCCAGCACCCUGCCGGACUGGGAUACAGCCAAGAGAAAUACAGUGGAGGAGCACAGGAUAGUGGAGGCCGUGUGCAUUGGCUGGUUUACAGCAGAGUGCACGGUGCGUUUUCUAGUGGCCAGGGACAAGUGGGAUUUCCUCCGCAGGCCACUGAACAUCAUCGAUGUCAUUGCCAUCACACCCUACUAUGUCACCAUGGUGAUGGCAAGGGCAGGGAUGCCAAGCGCUGGGCUCGGGGUUGCUGGAGUGAUACUCAGGGUGCUGAGGAUGAUGCGAGUGUUCUGGCUCAUGAAGCUGGCCAGGCACUUCCUGGGAUUGCAGACUCUGGGGCUGACGCUCAGGCGCUGCUACCGGGAGAUGGUCAUGCUGAUGGUGUUUGUCUGCGUCGCCAUGGCGAUAUACAGUGCUCUGGCCCAGCUGCUUGAGCACGGCUUGGACUUGGGUACGCAGAACCCGGAUUACGCCAGCAUCCCAGCUGCAGCCUGGUGGGUCAUCAUCUCCAUGACGACGGUGGGGUACGGGGAUGUUUACCCUGUGACAGUUGGGGGACGGGUGCUUGGAGGCAUGUGUGUAGUGAGUGGCAUUGUCCUACUUGCACUGCCCAUCACAUUCAUCUACCACAGUUUUGUACAGUGCUACCAUGAACUCAAAGUUCGCUCUGCCAGAUACGCUCGCAGCCUGUCAUCAGAGGUACUGCAGUGA